AACCAAUCAUAACUACUUUCUGCAAUAUCUUACAGAGAGAAUCCAUUAAGCUCUGACAUUGCUCCCUUAAACAUUUCCUUCGUUAUUCAACAUUUGUGUAUUUUUCUCGUUUCCAUGAAGUUGUACCUUAGUACCACCACAACGGAACCAAAACUCAAAUCCUUUUCAAUUUUCAACCAAAAGUGAUCAUAUAUAUUCACCAAAUCCACAUUCAGAGAAUCACAACAUGACCAUGGACCGAGCCUCUCAGAGCAGUUCAGACUCACCAACGAGAGACCCAAAAGUGUUAUCCAUAGAGUGCCUCAAAGGAAGUUCCAAAGCCGAUGAAUGGACCAGUGACAUGCUUCAAACCGGUGACGUCGUCGAAGAGCUUCGAAUCGGAGGCUCCGCCAAUUCCCUCAUACGCUUCAAAUCGCCGUUCAAAAACGGUAGAACCGGCGUUAACAAAAUCCUGCAAGACUCUUACAAGAAGAAAGACACUUCCAUCGUUGUUCGGGUUCGCCGUGGACCCCACGAGUUCGCCGAGUUGCAGGCUUGUAUUGUGCCCAACGAGUCCUCCGUGAAGAAGAACUACGUUCUCCGCUCCAUCGCUGAUCCCAACUACGUCGUUGGCUUCUUGGAUCGAACCGAAGCUGAGUGCUUCCAACUACAGGCUUCAAGGACCACAAGGAUGGUAAAUGCGCUAACGAGGACACGAUUACAGGAUGGAUAUGUGUCCUAUCCAUGGGAAAGGAGGAUGCAAGAGUUGCUAUCAGUUUCCAAUUCAAGCAAUUUUCUUUCCAUAUUAUUUCUUCCCAAAGUUUCAGAUAGGGUAGCAUCUCGCUACAAUGAUGUGGAGGACACACUAGCCAGGGCAAAUGCAUGGCUUAAUGCUGCUCAAGUUUCAGGGGUUCCUAUUGUCUUUAUGAACAUUCAAACUGAGUCCCUACUCACCAAGAUUUCUGGAGAGACAGCUUCUUCCACAGUAAAUGCAGGGUCCUUAUCUGAUUUAUCUAACCUUGCAAAUGCAAGCCUUUAUGGCUUUGAGGAUUAUCAUGGAGUAGACAUUGGUGUUGUUAGAGCAGUGAGGCUUUGGUAUGCUCCAAUCGGAGGAGAGUUCUCAAUUGAGAUAAAACUUAAAAAGGAUGACACAAAGCUUGGCUUUGCCAUUAGUCGUACAGAAGAGGGUUUUAUUUUUAUCUCAUCAGUUAUCGAUGACGGUCUAGAAAAUGUAUCAGCAUCACGUUCAGGGCUCAGCAAUUUGUAUAAAGUAGCAACAGAUACUUCAAGGUUGUUGGUAGUUUCAAGACUUUCAAAUCAAAGAGUGCUUCCAUGGAUGGUUUCUUCAACAGGAGCCAUUAGGUGUUUUGACACUGUUUCAUUGAGCCAGAAACUGUCUUUGCAUAGACACACCAAAGUUCCUAUUCUCCUGCAUGUCUUCCUUUGGGACCGAUCAUUGGCUUCUCCAAGUGGAGAAAGUACAAGAUUAAGGACCUUGCCUCCCUCAGUGUUUCCAUUACCACCCGAAACUCAAUUUGCACACCAUCUAAAUGAGAACCAAAUUCAGGCAUUGCCCCCUGAAGGGUCUGAUCCAGGUGGCGAGGGUUCGCAGCCAAUGCAACUUGAGAGAGACACUGCUGGGGAUCUCUCAUUCAGAUUCCACGACUUCUCCUUGUCCAGCAACUGGGUAUGAUAUAUAUAUAUAUAUAUAUACACACACACACACAACACAUAGCAAUUACCAUGUUGCUUUCUUUCUCCACCUUGUUUUCUUGUACAUACGGAAAUAGUAUAUUGCUUCAAGUCUUUGUAAGAGUAUAGAGUUUGCUUUGCUUUGCUUCAUUAGUUUGUUCACAGAAAAGCAGAAUAAAGGUUCUAGAAUUGCUAGUUAGUUGAAAUCAUGGGCUUAAUUUCUCUGUCUUUCUCCUGAAUGUGACUACAUAAAUACCAAGGAUUCUUGUGCUCAAUAGCUACCGGUUUUAAACAAGCAAUAAGAAAAACUGAAAAAGGUAUGUCUGCUGGCGCCUACAAUACAACAUUACUCGUAUCAUUGAAAGGGUUUUCUUGUGGUAGAUGAGACUUUGGUCGCAUGCUCUUGCCAGUAGCCAACAAGAACACCUCAAUCUAGGAGUUGCUUAUUGUCAAUUAAUAUAUGACUUGUGUUUGUGGGUUUCCAUCUCCAUCCCAAGCAAAUGGUAGAAAACUAGUGAUAUACUAAAAAUGAUAAUUCAUUAUUAAAUUACUGUAGUUUCAAUUUU